AUGGCUGCUGCGCGAAACGGAAAAAGUGGACUGCUUGAGAAAGUAAGCAUUAAAGCUGAUUCGUUUUAUCCAGCCGGACAAAAGUAACCGUUUUUACUCCAUGAGUGAGGCUCUGGACUGCGGCUAAGCAGAGAGCAGCUCUGCGGGGCUCAGAGUGACCAUUAUGGAGCUGUGCUGUUAGCGUGCUAGGCUAACAAAUUCUAUAGUAACCGGUUAGUUAAGUUAUAAACUCAGGAGAAUAACCUAUAAUCUAAAACACAAGAGAAUAACUCAUCACAAGAGGUUAAUCGAUACCUGCUCUUUAUAUCCAUCUGAGUCCAAACUGUUGCGCUGCGUUCAGGGUCCUGCUGGUCCUGACAGCUGCUGCUCCAACCAACCACAUAAACCUGAAGUUUUGACCCUCAUCUCAGGUUUGACAAUCUUUGGGAUUUAUGUAAGUAGCAUCUAUUGCUUGGGGAACACCCAAAGCAAAGAGGGAGAGUUCCUGUGACCCUCACUUCUAUUUCCAUCGUCUGCCCAGCGACGGACUUUGCUUCGAAUUAGACCUUAUUUAUAAAACACUGAUCAUACAAAGAUAAUGCAACGCAAAGUUUUGUUGCUUUAAAAGGAGGGAGAAUCUGCCAAAAUACUGACACACUUUCCACAGCAUUGCAGCUGCAUGGCAGCAGGAUCAUCCUGGUCUUGCAGUCCAUGAGCAGCCAGCUGUGCGUAUUUGACCUGGAGCUGACACUUAAGCCCAGGCAUGGCGAUGUGUGGGACAUCAAGGCUCUGACUCAGCUCUAGUCCAACUACUUUUACCAAAAUGCAACCGAUCUUGUAGCUAUGUAAGUCCAGAUAAGCCUCAGCUUCCCCUUCUACAUCAACAGAGCAAACUACGUGGCUAACUAUGCUAGAAUAUGUAAUUUGAGGCCAUUUCUUUAUAUUGUCCUCCACCCCCUCAGUAGAGGAGGACAGGAGAAUGGUAACAUUGUCCUGUUUAAGGUGUAAUGGAUGAUGUUCACAGAUGACACAGUUUUUUAUCCUUAAUGGCUUUAAUAUUCUUGAUUAACAUACAGUUGCCAAAGAAAAUGCUGUCUCUGCAUCAAGUUUUAGAAGACACCGGAAGACACCCCCAUUGCCAGAGAUCAUGAAGGAGUUUUGGUAGAUGUGAAUAGGAGCUGUGUGAAUCUGUGUGUCGAUAGUCUUGGUUUCUCAAUUCUGAAUCAGCUUCUUCCUGCUCAGCAGAUGUUCUUCCUGGUUUCAGUUUGUGUGGCAGAGCUCAAACUGAACAGACUGACUGCAGUUCAUGAGUCUGACUUGAAAUCUCUGACUGUUUCCCUUGUCUGUGUUAGUGCUGAAAUUCUCCUGUCUUUGACCAACUGAACUCUUACGGCCUUUUACAAUUACUCUUAAUACGGAGUAAAUGUCAUUUACUGUAAGAUGUGUUUUAGGGUAGUCUUCAUAGAGCUGAAAACCACGAUUUUCUCUUCAAUGGACAGAAUUUCCUUGUGUUUCCAAACGCAGAAAAAACAGCAACACUGUGACGUAGAAUAGAGCAGAAUAGAAUAGAAUGCUCUUUAUUGUCAUUAUACAGCUGUACAACAAAAUUGUUGAGCUUCUGCCAUUUUCAGUGUACACAAGAAAAUAAUUAGUAUAACAAUUAACAACUCGAGGUGUAAAAUAUCUGAACAUGUAAUUACAAAAAGUUUGAAAGAAUUGGAGGUCAACCCUUCACUGGUUGUGGUUGGCUGAUGCUGAUUCUGUAGAUUAGAGAGCAGAAGUCCAUUUUUUCACGUUAAUGAAGAUGGAUGGGGUCCAGUUUUGAGACCCUUUACAUUGGAUUACAGGCUGCAGAGGCAGCCUCUCCUGUCAUAUUGACACUGGCUUUUCAGACAGACAGAUAUGGUUACCUUCCUCCUCCUGCUCCUCCCCCUGCUUUCCCCUUCCCUCUCUCCUCCUGUUCUUCUCUCCUCUCCCUGCUCGCAUCUCUCCUCAUGUUCCAUCUGCUGUCUACCUUUCUCCUGCUUCCUCCUGAUAAUUGUCUUGAUAUUUUGACAAUGGUUUAAAUUCCAGUCAGACAGACUCUGCUCCCCCUGGCUCCUAUUUUCUGACUUUGGAGAUAAAUAGACAUAGAGCUUGUCAAUCCAUGAUGACUUUCAACAAUGAUUACUCUUUGUGUUUCAGUGGAGGAUCGAUGAGAAACCGGUCAAAAUCGAUAAAUGGGAUGGAGCAGCAGUGAAGAACUCUCUGGAUGAUGCAGCUAAGAAGGUGACCUUACAGAGCGUUAUAGUGAAAAACCAUCAGAUUGUCUUGUUGUGGACUGAUCUGGUCUAAGCCUUCAGUGUACUGCUUUGCCCCCUUCAGGUGCUGCUGGAGAAGUUUGGGUAUGUGGAGAACUACAGGCUGGUGGACGGCCGCCUGAUGAUUUGUACCGUGUCGUGUCUGUUCGCCAUGCUAGCUCUGGUCUGGGACUACCUGCACCCCUUCCCAGAGUCCAGACCUGUCCUGGCAUGCUGUGUCAUCUCAUAUCCUUUCAACCGAGACCACCUGCAGUGAUGUCAUUGAUCUGUGUGUACAGGACCAGCCGGGUGUGGAUUUGGUUGUGUGUGUUUCUGGUUGUAGAUAAUUGUGUGUAAUCCAGAUUCUGGCCCUGGUUUUUGCUUUCCUGACCCCUGUCUUCAUCACAUACUUCAUCAUGAUGGGGAUCCUGACUCUCUACACCUCCUACAAGGAGAAAAACAUCUUCCUGAUGGCCCUGCAGAAGGAUCCAGCUGGGAUGGAUCCAGAUCACAUCUGGCAGCUCUCCUCCUCCCUCAAAAGGUGUGGAGUUUUACCCAGAAUGCACUCUGGUGAUGUGGUGUCACAGUGAUAGGUCUUUGCUAUGAUAAUGGUUAUCUUGUGGUGAGUGGGGUCACAAAAGUUUCUCAUGAGUGGGGUCUGAGUCCCUGAGGUGACAGGUCACCUCAGGGACUGGGUGUAGUCUUACCCACAAACCAGUUGUCCCUGACUGCUGAACUUUAAACCAGUCCAGUCCCCCCUGAGCUGUGGGGCAGGAUCAAGCUAACCCCCUGUCGCUUAAACCAAUCAGAGCUACGAACACAUGGGUCACCUGAACAUCGGUGUUUUAGAAGGUGGCCAUGUGAUUAUAACCUGUGUCUGUCUGUCUGUCUCAGGUUUGAUGACCAGUACACGCUCAGAGUCUCCUUUUCUGAUGGGAAGACAAAGACCUGGAGGGAGGCCGAGUUCACCAAGUCCGUGUCGGCUUUCUUUGACGAGAACGGGACACUGGUGAUGGACCAAUUUGAGAAAUGUGUCUCCAAACUCCACGACACACUGGCCACAGACAAGAAGACCAAAUAG